AACGGAGCAACUAGAAGAAUAAAGAUAAAGAAUAAAGAGAAACAGGAACACAAUAGUGUGGAUGCCUUGAGGCAUCCACACAAUUAAUUGUUUUUCACUGUCAAUUUUUUUUUCGGUUUCAAUACAAGAUUUUUCAGUACAUGUAUUUCAGUUACAAUAUUUCUUUUCGGUUUCAAUAUUUUUUUUCGGUUUCAUUUCAAGGUGGCAUCAUUCUGAUCCCAUAGAAGACUAAUUUAGAAGAUCUUCUUUUGACCUGGAAAAGAAAAAGCCCUCUUGAAAGUAAUGAAAUCUUAGUAAGUAAGAAAAACUGGGAACAACCACAGGUUUCUUUUCAGCGCUGCAGCCAGGCUGAGCCAAGUGUACUGUUUGUCUUUCUAUCUUAGUACAGCACUGGUCAAAUGUUUGGACACAGCUUCUCAUUUAAUGCCUUUUCUUUCGUUUCAUGACUGUUUACAUUGUAGAUUCUCACUGAAGGCAUCAAAACUAUAAAUGAAGAAAUAUGGAAAUAUGAAGUAAACAAAAAAAAAUGAAAAUAACUCAUGCCUUAUAUUCGAGAUUCAUCAGUUUCACCCCGGUUCUUUUUUAUUCCUCGGGCAUCCAGGGACGGCACCGGACUCAGUAGUCAUUUCACAAAACCUUUAUUCAUCUUUAUUCCUCUUCAGUUAAGCAUGCAUCUUCUAGAAGGGAAGACGUGCAAGGCCAGUGUCCCUCUGCAAAUAUUCUACUCCUUUGUCUGUGAAACACAGCUUUGUAGAAGCGACCCCAUCAUAAAACCCCCAUGGUGUCCUGCAAACUCUGUCUGUGUGUGAAUGCACGAGCAUGUGAGUGCCUGUGUGCGCGUACCUGUGUGUAUGUGUAAGUGCACGUGAGUGAGUGAGUGUGCAUGUGUGUGUGUGUGUGUGUGUGUGUGUGUGUGUGUGUGUGUGUGUGUUUCUCUGUAUACGUGACUUCCUGCCGGUAAUAAAAGUAAUCUCCCUUUCAGACCAAAGUUAUCCAGUUACAAAUACUGAGACCCCCACCCAGGUAUCCACUGGGGAAUUUCCACUCAAUAUUAACUUCUCUUUGUCUUACUUUCACAGUUCAAAGUGGGGGAGGGCCUCCUAGAAAUCUACUCCUAAAUUCAUGACACACUCAGGCCUUUAUUGCAUCCAGGGCAGUGCCAGUGUCUCUACAAUAAUUCUACAUCCUAACUAACACAUUCCUAAACUCUAAAAUAAGCUACACAUAUCUUCACUAGCCACCCUUAGUUUUGUUUACUGCCUUGCACACUCUUGGCAUCCCUUGAUGAGCUUCACGAGGUAGUCACCUGAAAUGGUUUUCCAACAGUCUUGAGCACUUGCUAGCCCUUUUGGUCCAUUUGAUCCCAAACCAACUGGAUUGGGUUUAGGUCAGGUUACUGUGGAGUCCAGGUUUUCUGGCGUAGCUCUCCAUCAUUCUCCUUGGUCAAAUUAGCCCUUACACAGCCUGGAGGUGUGUUUGGGGUCAUUGUCCUGUUGCAAAAUAAAUGAUGGUGCAACUAAACACAAACCAGAUGGGGCGGCAUGUUGCUGCGGGAUGCUGUAGUAGCCAUGCUGGUUUAGCGUGCAUUCAAUUUUGAAUAAAUCCCCAACAAUGUCACAAGCAAAGCACCUCCACACCAUCACACCUCCUCCAUGUUUCACAGCGUGAACCGUUCACCUUUUCUGCUUCGCCCAAAGACACAGUGGGUAGAACCAAACAUCUCAAAUUUUGACUCAUCAGACCAGAUUUUCACUGGUCUAAUGUCCAUUCCCUGUGUUUCUUGGCCCAAACAAAUGUCUUCUGAUUGUUGCUUUUUCUUAGUAGUGGUUUCUUAGCAGCUAUUUGACCAUAAAGGGCUGAUUCACAAAGUCUCCUCUCAACAGGUGAUGUAGAGAUAUGUCUGCUACUGGAACUCUGUGUGGCAUUUCUCUAGGCUCUAACCAGAGGUGCUGUGAUUUCUGAGGCUGGUGACUCAGAUAAAUUUAUCGUCAGCAGCAGAGGUGACUCUUGGUCUUCCUUUCCUGGGGCGGUCAUCAUUCAAAAGAAGGGAAAGCAUCAAACAAAACAAAAUCCAACCAGUUCCAGCAAGUACAGAUGAACCAGUUGUGAACCGGAUGGAAAAGACUUUUACCACUAUGAAGCAGCCCAGAAGACGCCAGAGCAUUGACAGUGGAGACAAAAGCUUCACAUGCGAUCAGUGUGGAAAGACUUUAACCCGGCGUAGCGGUUUAAAACAACAUCAGCUCAUCCACACUGGAUUCAAACCAUUCAGCUGUGAUCAGUGUGGCAAAGCUUUUACACAUAAUAGCAUCUUAAAACAACAUCAGCUCAUCCACACUGGAUUCAAACCAUUCAGCUGUGAUCAAUGUGGCAAAGCUUUUACACAUAAUAGCAUCUUAAAACAACAUCAGCUCAUCCACACUGGAUUUAAACCAUUCAGCUGUGAUCAGUGUGGAAAGGCUUUUACUCAGAAUGCCAACUUAAAAAGACAUCAGCUCAUCCACACUGGAUUUAAACCAUUCAGCUGUGAUCAGUGUGGAAAGAAUUUCACCAGGACUGACGACUUAAAAAAACAUGAGCUCAUUCACACUGGAUGUAAACCAUUCAGCUGUGAUCAGUGUGGAAAAGCUUUUACUCAGAAUGCCAACUUAAAAAAACAUCAGCUCAUUCACGCUGGAUUUAAACCAUUCAGGUGUGAUCAGUGGGGAAAGUCUUUCACUUCCAAAAGUAACUUAAAAGGACAUCAGGUCAUCCACACUGGAUUUAAACCAUUCAGCUGUGAUCAGUGUGGAAAGUCUUUCACGUCCAAAGGUAACUUAAAAGGACAUCAGGUCACCCACACUGGAUUUAAACCAUUCAGCUGUGAUCAAUGUGGCAGGGCUUUCACUCAGAGUGGCAGCUUAAAAAAACAUCAGCUCAUCCACACUGGAUUUAAACCAUUCAGCUGUGAUCAGUGUGGAAAGUCUUUCACUUCCAAAGGUAACUUAAAAGGACAUCAGGUCACCCACACUGGAUUUAAACCAUUCAGCUGUGAUCAGUGUGGAAAGUCUUUCACUUCCAAAGGUAACUUAAAAAAACAUCAGGUUAUCCACACUGGAUUUAAACCAUUUAGCUGUGAUCAGUGUGGAAAGACCUUUACUCAGGAUUGCAGCUUACAAAAACAUCAGCUUAUCCACACUGGAUUUAAACCAUACAGCUGUGAUCAGUGUGGAAAGACCUUUACUCAGGAUGGCAGCUUACAAAAACAUCAGCUUAUCCACACUGGAUUUAAACCAUUCAGCUGUGAUCAGUGUGGAAAGACCUUUACUCAGGAUGGCAGCUUACAAAAACAUCAGCUUAUCCACACUGGAUUUAAACCAUUCAGCUGUGAUCAGUGUGGAAAGGCUUUUAGUCAGAAUGGUCACUUACAAAAACAUCAGCUUAUCCACACUGGAUUUAAACCAUUCAGCUGUGAUCAGUGUGGAAAGACCUUUACUCAGGAUGGCAGCUUACAAAAACAUCAGCUUAUCCACACUGGAUUUAAACCAUUCAGCUGUGGUCAGUGUGGAAAGGCUUUUGCACUCAAGAAUAGGUUAAUAAAUCAUCAACUAAUCCACCCAAUCAUCCAUCCAUCUUCUUCCGCUUUAUCCGGGGCUGGAUCGCAGGGUUGGAUCGCGGGGAACACCAAGGCGUUCCCAUGCCAGCCGAGAGAUAUAAUCUCCCCAGCGUGUCCUGGGUCUGCCUCGGCGCCUCCUCCCAGUGGAACAUGCCCGGAGCACCUCACUCAGGAGGCAUCCUUGUCAGAUGCCUGAAUCACCUCAACUGGCUCCUUUCGAUGUGGAGGAGCAGCGGCUCUGCGACUCUGAGCCCCUCCCGAAUGGCUGAAGGAGUAACAGAUGGGUUGAAGGUGGGGAUGGGAUUACAUCAAUUCUGAGCCCCUUCUUGUUUUCAGUAUCGACGGGCAGACUGACAUACGAGGUCAGUUAAGAGUCUCUGUUGAAUAUCUUGUUUGCAGAUGACAUUGUAAUCUAUAGUAGGAAUAGGAAUCAGGUAUAAGAGAACCUGGAGAGGUGGAGGUAUGCUCUGGAGAGAAGAGGAAUGAAGGGAAGGGAAAUAACAUGCCUAUCUUAAGCUGGCAGCCAGCAUGUAGAAAGACUUUCUCUGAAUUGUUGAUAUUAGUUUCUUACAUUUUCUGAUUUUUAAUCAAAUGGUCUUUUCAGAAACUCCUGAUUGUUGUUUCUUAAAUGUAAUGGCUAUUUACUAGAAACCGAAAUUAAACCCAUGAUUAAGAGUGUUAAGGAAUAAACAUAUAUUCUUAGUGCUUAUUUUCUGAUUAUAUUGGUUUUUUGUACUUUGUAGUAAGGUCUGUGAGGAAAACUAGGUCAGAGGGUGACUGGUCGCCUUGGCAACAGAGACUUCAGUAAGGAGAAGUUAAAAAACAGGAAGCUAGGGUAGAGCUGCAUAGGCAUAUUAAUAAAACACAGGAAACCAGACAGAAAAGCAGAACUAGUUACACAGGAGUUGUUUAUAUCGAAACUAUGUGUGUGUGACGUAUAGCAGAACUAUAAACAGAAUUUAUUAAGAGGCCACGAUGCAGCAAGGGUUUGAAAUCUAUGCACGCAUCACAAAACAAACUGUUCAUUGAAGAUAGAUUUGAGGAAAGUUUGUCACGUUAAAGUCACGCAAAUGUUGAAUUUAUCUGUUCUGUGCAAACAUCUAUGUAAUCUUGCAGACCAAGCAUUAUUGUCAUCAUGUGAUCACAAAGAGAAUCAGAGCAUCUGAACAGAUAUCCCUCUAGGUCAAUCUGAAAGACCUGUUGCUGUUUAUUCAGCUGUUCAUCAUGAGAUAAUUAGUGAAGUCAAUGCAGCGCUGUUUCUCUAAGGUAGCUAUUUGAAAUGUGUUGAAAUGUGUUUUGUUGGGAUUUGAGUGUAAACUAGGUCGCAGGCUGACAGGAAACUGCAUGCUUUUGCAAAGAUCCAAACUUAGAGUGUGUGACGUGCUGCGGAAAUAUAUAUAUAUAUAUAUAUAUAUAUAUAUAUAUAUAUAUACAUUUAACCAUGUUGGCUGCUGCUGCUUUCAGACCUGAGCGUGUGUGUUCGUGUGUUCAGGUCUCUGUUCCCGGGAAUGUAAAAUAAAGAUCAUUUCUUUGAGCUUUGACCACCCUGGGUCCAGUCUUUCUUUGCUGCCAAAAGAAUUCAAAGAACAAAAUUUAAUAGUUUUAAAUGAUUUCUGUUGUCUUAAAACAUGAUGUGGGUCUGUUUUGUUGCAUGAUGAGAAAAAGAAACCUGUCUUUUUUAUGUUGCAUCAAAAAUGUUUUUUUUAUUGUAUUUCGUCAGUUUGUCAUUUUGACCAAAGGUAUGUGUAAAAUUAAAUGUAUUCUAUAAUUAUUAAGAUAUAUAAAACUUAUAAAGUAUAUUUUUUAUUUUCUGUGAACUUAUUUACACAUUACUUAAAAGUUAUGUCGCUAUAAUCAUUCUUUGUAUUUUCUCUGUAAGAAACCGACUUGCUACCCCCUUUAUUCCAGUGUACCUACUGUUAAGUAUUUGUGCAUAAAUAUAAUUAAAAUGCCAUUUCAAAGAGAAUAAUUGAAAUUUCAU